GAGGGAGAAAGGGAAAACAGAGAACUAGAGAAGGGAGAAGGGGGAGCUCGAGGGAGAAGAGGGGAAGAGAAGAGGGGAAGAGAGGAUGGGACGACGCGGCUGGGUCCUUCCCGCCGUCACCGUUGUCGUUGAGGUGCCGAAGGAGAGAGAGAUUUGCUUUGCAGAGGCAUUGAGGGAGAGAGGGUGCCGCGCUCUGCUGCUGAUCCGCCACCGAACUGCCGCACGCGGGGAGCCAUUGCCAUCGCGGAGAGAGAAGCGUCGCCGUUGAGCCAGAGCCGCCGCUGGGGGUUCUUCGCCGUCACCGUCUUCGUCAUCCUCACGAGCUGUAGCGCCGCACAGUCCAGCCACCGUGACCUCCAUAGAGCCACCGUCGUUGCGCUGUUCCGCCGUCACCGCUGUUGCCCUAGAGCUCGCCGUCGUCAUUGAGCAGGACGGAGAUGAAAGAGAGCGCGAGCGAGAGAACAGAGAGUCUUAUUGAAGACCUCCCUUUGAAGGUGUCAAGUGUACAACCUGUAGACUCUGCUUCUAAUGAAAAAUUUGAAUCUCUGAGACUUAAUAAGUAUGUUCCAUCGUGCAUUCAACCUCUGGAAGUCAUGAUUCAGGGAUUGUGGCACGGGAUAGAUUUAUUGGCUUGGAUCGAGGAUUUGGGUCCAAUGCUGUGAAAAACUUACCAAACAGCAGAUUCUGUGAUCUUUUAUUUCAUUAUAGUUUCAAUCUUUAUCAUGAUGUUAAUAUAUUUUUUUGGUGUCAAUCUUUUAUGCUGUCAUAUAUGAUAAGUCACAAGAUUGUCUUGAGCAGAUUUUGUGAUCUUUUUUUCUUAUUAUUUUUUUGUCUUGAGCAUCAUAUAUGAUAAGUCACAAGAUUGUCUUUAUGUGUUUGAAUAUUUGGAUCAUUUUAUUAUCAAAUAUUUACUUUCUAAUUCUCUCAUUUGAAUAUAUGGUUUGCUUCAUUUUUGCAUAUAACUUGGUUCCUAUUCAAAGUUAGUAUGUUGAUGAAUUUCAGGAUACAAAGUUUUGGUAUGUUGAUAGGUGAAAAAUAUUGGGUGAUUCCAAGGAAUGUGAUGAUGCAUAUUCGCCCGGAAGGGUAGGACUUCCGUUAGGCAAAAGGAGAAAUGGUGGCUUCCAUCUCCUAAGCUUCCACCAAAUGGAUUGUGCGAGGAUGAUAGGAAAAGGUUGCAGCAGUGCAGGAAUUGUACAAAUCAGAUAUUAAAGGCUACCAUGGCAAUCCAGAUUAAAUGAAGAGGUUGGAAGUGUUCAAGCAGCUGCUUCUCAAAGAGAAGCUGAUUUAAGAGCUUGAGAAAGAGUUACAACUUGCACAGGAAACUAUUGCUAACCAAGUAUUUGUAUGGAUUCAUCUUAGACUAGUUUUUGAAGGACUUAUAGUUGUACUUAUUAAUUACAAGGCUUAAUAAGAAUUCAGUGAACCAUUAAGAUAUGCUUUUAAGCCAUUUUUACUUCUUAUGUUUCUAGAGCGCAUUAUUAUGGAUUCAUGGUUCUCCCUGUUUGGCAAAUCGAAGAGCACAUUAGGCAACAUAAUGCUCUAAUAUAUGUUGAGCUGGAGAAGCAAUCAUUUUGUGAUCUUAAAGUUGUGAAUAACAAAGAGAACUAUGUUGCUUUCAAGGUCAAGACCACUUCACCAAAGAAGUACUUUGUACGGCCUAACACUGGUGUUAUACAGCCCUGGGACUCGUGUAUCAUCAGAGGUGUUGAGCUUUCAAAUGGUAAAGUGGCUGAAAAAAAGUUCUCGAGCGUUGAGAAGAAAGAAUAGCAAUACCAGAAACAAUUUAUCCUAGCAGAGUCUAAGUUGUAUUGCUCUCACGCCUAUGGAAUUAGUGUCUAUUUAGUGUUAGUGUAUAUAUCACCAUGUAUAAAACUAAGAUUGAGACACAUGUAUUCACUCAACUAUAUUGAUAUGUUAGC